UUAUCCGUAAUUUAAAAACAAAACAGGCUCUCUUCUACUUCUGACCCUUCUCCUUCUCUAGUUUCGUUGCCCUUUCACCCCCGCAUCAUCGCCGCCGUCUCUCUCUCUUACCGCCGCCACGGUUCACCAUCUCCCUCCUUCUUUGGCAGGAAGACUCCAAUUCCAACGGUGAGCAUUCUCCCCAAUUCUCUCUCUUUCUGUCUUCUUUCGGUCGGGGCUGUUGUUCUUCGAUUGUGUGAUAUCGCUGCUCGACGGUUCUCGGCCCUAAGGAGGAUUUAAUGGCGUCAGACAUGAAGGGUUUCUACAGGCAAAAGAAGAAAUCCGGCAUAUCCAAGUCGAAUUCAUCAAAAAAAUCAUCCAAGUCAAAGAAUUCAGCCGCCCAGCCUCCUGCUCUCUUCGCCCAUGGUUCUCUUGAUCUUCAAGAUGACUAUGAUGCCAACGAGGAGGUUUUACGUCAAUUUGACAUGAACAUGGCUUAUGGGCCGUGCUUAGGAAUGAGCAGACUCGAGCGAUUGGAACGUGCCAAGACCUUAGGCUUACACCCUCCUAAGGAAGUCGAAAAUUUGCUUAGAGCAACCAAAGUAAAUGCUCAAUGUUUGUGGGAUGGCCGUGUGUAGCAAUUGUUGGGGCAUUGAACUUUUUGAUUAGGAUGACGCCAUUUAAGGUGUGUUUUCUAAAGUUAACUCAGACAACGUAGUAACGAGUAACGUAACCUUUGCUUAAUUUGUGUUUGGCUUACAAACUGCUUUGUCUAACUACCAUCAUGUGUUUACUGCUUCCUUGUAAUAUAUGGCCUUCAUUUUGCUUC